UAAAGAUUCUAGCAAUGUGGACAGCUGAUGAAAUUGCCAGUCUUUGCUAUAAACACUAUUCUACCAAACUACCAAAGACAGGUCUGCCAGACCCCAGACGGGAAUGGACACUACUUGCAGCUGUGGUAAAAGUUGAGGAAAAACUCAGUACAAAACCUUGUUGUAAUAACGAGAGAAAUGACGUAACCCUGGAAGUUGUUGCAAUGGGAACAGGAACAAAGUGCAUUGGACAAAUAAAAAUGAGCAAAAAUGGUAACAUAAUUAAUGACAGCCAUGCUGAGGUGACUGCACGACGUGGGUUCCUUAGGUAUUUAUAUUAUCAACUGAAAGAGGCAUUUAAAGAGAGAAAUAGCAUCUUGGUUGCAGGAAAAUGCAAAGGAAAAUGGAGUCUUAAGUCAGGUGUUUCCUUUGUGUUUUUUAUGAGCCACACUCCAUGUGGAGAUGCAUCUAUUAUCCCAAAGGCAGAACAUGAGAUCAGACCUCCUCCAAACCCGAGAGCAAAGGAAACUGGUGAACAGAGAAGUAUCACUGUUGAAGAUAAUGAAAGUGCUGAAGAUAUACAAUUCUUAAAUAACGAAAAGCAUGCACUAGUCAUGAAACGAAAGUGUGAUGAAAGUGCCUUAGAGGUUCCUGUUAAAAGAGUGAAAAGGAUUGAUGGAAAUGGAGACUGUACAUCUGGCUGUAGCAGUAUUCCUGAAAGAAAACCCAAUGAUACCUCUGCAGAAGGAAGGAUUGAUGUCAGGAUAAACAAUAAUACAGCACAGGCAAUGCAUACUAACAGCCUUGGGAGUGCAUCUCAUAACAUGGCUGCACUGGAUGCAGAUGAGACCAGACAGAUGCAAAUCACUAUUUCAGAUGUACAUCGAACUGGAGCUAAAUGUGUACCAGGGGGUCUUCAAGAUCCCCUUGAACCUGGAAUUAAUUACCACAGUGUAGAAUCAUUGAGGGUGAAGCCAGGUAGAGGUGACAGGACAUUAUCAAUGUCCUGUAGUGAUAAACUUGCUCGUUGGAACAUUCUUGGCUGUCAAGGAGCACUUCUCAUGCAUUUCUUUGAGGAACCUGUGUAUUUCUCUUCUAUUGUAGUCGGACAGUGUCCAUAUAGUGAGAAGACAAUGAAGAGAGCUAUACUGGAUAGUGCUGAAGACGAAAAAUUAAAUAAAAGACACAACUCAUAUUUUUCUUCAAACUUGAAGAUGGCUCUAAUUACCCUCAUCUCUUGGUAUUUGUUAAUUAUCAGAUGUCGCCACAUUACGUCACUCCCAAAAGAAUUCAGAGUUCAAGGUGUAAUGCUUCUCCAGUCACAUUUGGAGUUUGUGCACAGUCGCCAUUCACUACAAAGCAGCUCUGACCCCAAAAAAGAGAAAAUUGUACCUUGUGCAGCAGCAAUAAGUUGGUGUGCUGUUCCACAUCAGCCAUUGGAUGUGUCCGUAAAUGGCUUUAAACAAGGUGCAACAAAAAAGAUUCAUGGAACACCACAAGCAAGGUGUAAAAUUUGCAAGGCAGAACUUUUCAAUGAAUUCAGAGACCUGUUGAACCACCUUUCUGAAGAAAACUGUCCAAUAUCCCUUCGAAAUCAUACAUUAAAAACCUACUGGGAAUUCAAGGAAGCUGCAGCAAAUUAUCAGCAAGCAUGGAAUGAAAUACAGAAGCAGGCAUUCAUUACUUGGGUUCGAUCCCCAAGGGACUUCCUGCAGUUUCAGUAGAGAGGAAGUAGCAAAGUAAUAUAGCAGAAGUAAUUAAAGUCAGUUCUGUCUGGAUGAUUACACGUAGAUCUCAAAAGAUCUAAUUUUCUGAAUUUUUAACAAAAAAUUGUCACUGUUAACUUGAAUUGGAUAAAAUGUAUGUAGCAAACAUUAUUUUUAGUUGCUAAAUUUUAAUGUUGCUAAACCUGGAUUCCUACAUCUGUCUAGACAGUCUUGACUAAUAGCCAAAAGUUUAGAAUACAAUCAGCAAACAAAAAAGUAACGAUUAAAUUUUAUGUAGAAUGGAGAAGCAUUGUCAUUUUUUCCAACUGCCUGACCCAUGACAUUAUUUUCUGGUAUAAGAUUUAGGAAGGUUUUUCUUUAGCAUGCCAAUGUAUUCUAAGGUCUCAGUUGUCUUUGACAUGCUUCAGAUUCAUCUCCAAGUUCUAUUAAGGAAGAUUUAUAGAGUUGCUUGCAAAAAGAAUGAAAUGAUAUUAAAACGUGUCUGAUUCUAAGUGUAUUGACACUAGCUUGGUUGCUGAUAAAUGAUACAAUAAAAGCUAAAUCAUUCAGAAAA